UCGCGGCCGCGCGUAUUGACACAUUAAGAUAAUUAGUUUAUGAUCUUUUAGGGCUUUAGGAUUGUUGUCGUAAAAUGCACAGAGACAGUGAAGAUACAGACGAGAGUGCGAAUUUAUUAAACAAGUCGGAUAAAAUACGUGAAAGAACUGUAGAAAAUUGUAAUGAAGCGAUGGCUACUUCGUCCGAAACUAUAGUUUUUGAUAGUAAGUUGAUCAAAACAUCGACUCAAACAGAAGAAUUAGCUGCCACGUGGGGCGGCCGCUGUUCGCUACCAGAUUCUGGAAGGUUAAGAAGAACACAUUCGUGGUCAGGCGGUUCGCAUCAUGACGUCCCUUCUGAAAUCAGAAUACUACGAGAAAGAUUAGUGCGCACUCAAGCCAAAUUGCGUCCAGGAGCCGUGCGACAUCUCUCCCGUCACCAACGCCUGACGCUGGCUUCACUUGCACUCGUGGACUUCAUGAGCUUCUGUUCUAUGAGCAUCAUGGCGCCAUUUUUCCCUAGAGAAGCUACCGAUAAGGGGUUGUCAGAGACUAUGUGCGGUAUAGUCUUCAGCUUCUACGCCGUCGUAAUGUUUCUCACAUCGCCGUUUUUUGGUAAAUAUCUACCGAAAAUAGGAGCCAAGUUCUUGUUUACUGCCGGUAUGUUUAUCGCCGGAUCUUGUAAUGUUCUAUUCGGAACUUUAGUAUUAAUAAAUGACACCACGACGUUCACCGUACUAUGCUUCAUGGUGCGAGGUAUGGAAGCUCUGGGUGCCAGUGCAUAUUCAACCGCUAGCUACGUGUUCGUGGUCAAUGCCUUCCCAGAUAAUAUCGGAUCUGUUCUUGGCAUACUGGAGACAUUUGUCGGCCUGGGUAUGUCCGUUGGACCGGCGAUAGGAGGCUUAUUGUAUUCGAUCGGAGGAUUUGGUCUACCAUUUUACAGUCUAGGAAUCGUGAUGGUUUUAACUGUACCUAUAAACUUCGUUUUACUCACUGAUUGUGACGAAUACGUGUCUGGUUCGAAAACUGCAUCGAUUCUUCGACUGUUCAAGAUUCCAUCGAUAAUCAUCACUGGUUUGGUGAUCGUCGUAGUCUCAAAUACGUGGGCCUUUCUCGAUCCGACUCUUGAACCUCAUUUGAGACAAUUUGGACUAUCAACAAAACAAAUAGGACUUAUAUUUCUCUUGUUUUCCAGUUUGUAUGGAAUCUUUAGCCCAAUUUGGGGAUGGGUCGCCGAUCGGGUACACAGUCAUUGGUGUAUGAUGGUGUGGGGUUUGUUUCUCUCUUCAAUCGGCUUAUUACUUCUCGGUCCAUGCCCAUUCAUACCUAGUCUUCCGCAGGAUUUAUGGUUGGAUUUGGUAGCCCUGUCUAUACUGGGUAUGUCAGUGGCAUUAACUUUGCUACCAACAUUUCAAGGAGUAUUAACUAGUUCCAUAUAUGAAGGUGGUUGUCCUGAAGCUCUCGCAACGUAUAGUGCAGUGGCGGGUGUCUGGUCCUGUUGUUAUUCCUUGGGAGAAGUCCUAGGUCCUGCACUAGGUGGAGCGUUAGCUCAGCAAUAUGGAUUUCCACUCUGCGCCACUCUUUGUGCCGCAGCCUGCUUUACGAUGGCAGUUGUGACACUGACAUUUUUCUCUUUCCGGGAAUCUUCAAAAUGGAUAGAUCCAGAAUCAGAGUCACAUUCCAUUCCAUACACAGAUACAACUUGGAAUAGCAAUCAGUUUUGUCAAACACAAAGCGCACCAGAAAGUCGGUUUGCAGAGAGCUCACCGCUCAUACCACCCUGUUCAUGUUCCUCCAGAACUGCUUAUUACGUUUUUCAAAGUUCAUCAUCUAAGCAAGUUUGCUUCAUGCAUAAUAAAAGUAAAAAAAGUGGUUCAGCCAGUGUAGCCGAUAUAGUUGCAUACUUUUUAAAGUUUCAAUAUAUGACUGAUAUUUAUGUAAGAAUAAGAAAAGCUAAGGCAAAGAUAUCUAAAGCUAAGAUAGCAAGUAAUAAUGAAGAAUUGUACCAAAAUUACCUCGAAAAUUGCGAUGAAAACGACUGCCCUCAACAUUCAAAUACACAUGACAGAAACGAUGGUGAAACAGAAAUUCAUGUAAGCAACAAUGUUAUUGAAAACGGUCCAUCUCAAAGCAGUGAAAAUAGCUAUUGUUCGUAUUUAGACAAAACUAUUUUUGGUUCAGCGAUAAUGAAAAUGAAGAAAGAAAAUAUUAUUAUUAAACGAAAUAAUAAAGGUCUCGUAGCGAAGCUGGUGACUUUUGAAGAAGAUAAACGACAUUCAGAUGAGAUCAUAGAAAAUAAUCUACAAAAAGUGCAUUUUUAUGAACAAAGUCCUGAGUGUAGUACACUAGAAGAUAUUUUUGAUGGCUGUGACUGCAGAGACGAAGUUACAUAUGUAAGAGGAACUGUUACACUUUCUUCAACAGGAGCCUGUGAAGUUUAAAUGAAUAACAUAUUUGAAAAGCAAAAACGGA